AUGAGGUUAUUGUAUUUCGUACUACUACUAAACUGUGGAUUCAUAUUGGUACAAGGAUUUAGCAAGGUGGACUGUCCAAAAGAUGCAAGUUUAAGAACUGCAAAAAAUGAGCAAGUUAGCGAAGGUGAAGCAAGAUAUCUGGAAAAUCGUCAUAAAGUGAUUGCGAAGAGUUUUAAUCGGUUCUAUGAAGAUUUAUCAAUUCCAGGCAUAGAUAUUGAGAACAUUAAUUAUCCUACGAUAUCAGUAGCUAUUUCUGGAGGUGGAUUCAGAUCGAUGCUUAUAAGUUCAGGGUUUAUUCUGGGUAUGCAUCAGCAUGGACUCUGGGAAUGUACGAGUUACGUUGCUGGAAUAUCAGGUGGCAGCUGGACGUUGCUAAAACUUAUUCUUGCUGAUUUCGACGUGAGCAGUUUGACAAAAUUCGAUAUUGAAAGAGUCAUGUUGGAAGGCAUUCCUAACUUUGACCUUAAAAAUCACGAUAUGAUUCGCCAAGGUGAUUCAGGAAAUGAUGAUCAGAAUAAUGCUAAACUUUUGGCAAUGGAUGCUGAGUUUGUAAGAGAAUUGCGCCAACAAAGUAUACCGCUUAAUAAAAGAGAUUAUAACGAUGAACAUACUGAACAAGGAGAAGGAUAUGUGCCAGACUAUUAUCAAUUUUUAGAUGAGUUGAAAAAAAUAUUUGACACGACAGAUCAAUAUCCGGAAAACUUGUUAAAAUUCGAUAAGAGGUCGAUGGAUGCUCUUUAUAAGAUCAAGGGAUUAGUUGAAGAUUUCUUUCACCAGGAUGAGACUGAUCAGGACUCGGAGUUAGAUAUGCUCAAUGAUCUAAUGGAGUCAUUCGGUAAAUUCAGAAAAACUAUUGGAUUCUACAUCAAUCUCCAUCGGGAAGUAAGACAAAAGAAAGAAGCAGGGUUCCCAAUUUCCUUCACCGAUUACUUGGGGCAAGCUUUAAUCGACCGUGUUCCAGUUGGCAAGCUCAGUUCUGCGAAACAAUUUUCGAACUUUCUACAAAGCAAGAAGGUUGCAGGAUAUGAAGUGCCAAUACCAAUCAUUGUAGCGAAUGCGAAGACAUCCAAAAGGCCCGAUAUACGAAACGUUGUUUUUGAGUUUAGUCCAUUUGAGUUCGGUUCGUGGCAUCAGAAUGUGUCCAAAUUCAUUAACAUGGAGUAUUUGGGGUCAAGUGUUGAGAAGGGAAAGUUGGAGAACUGUGUGAAAGGUUUUGAUAGUCUUGGGUUCAUUACUGCGACUUCUUCGUCGCUUUUUAAUAACGCGUUGCUAUACAUCUGGAAGAUGGUAACAACGAAUAUAGAAUCCAAUGAUAAGUUGAAAGCUAUCAAGACAUUAUUCGGUGUUUUUGGUAUUGGGUUAAGCCAGUUGCGCUCAGAUUACGCCAUAUACCAGCCGAAUCCUUACUAUGGAGACACCGACGUUCUCAGUUCAAUCAGUGGGAGUUCUAGGCUAUUGUUAGUUGAUGGUGGCGAAGAUGGUGAGAAUAUUCCAAUUAGACCUUUACUAGUAAGUGGACGUGAGAACGACGUUAUAUUUAUUGUGGAUUCAAGUUCUGAUAAAGAGAAUUUACCUCAAAUGAGAAAGCUUCAGGAUACGUACGAUAACAUUGUAAUGGUAGAAAAGAACAGGAGGCUCGUUGCUGUUGAUGAGGAGAUAUACGAAAUGGAUCCAAUGCCAUAUAUCCCUACUCAGAAAGAGCUCUUGCUGUCUAAUUAUUCGCUAUCUGCACCAAUAGCAUUUGGCUGUCAUUUGCAAAGUUAUAGUCCGAUCAGAAAUAACAAAAAGGCUGUCGCUAGCCAAGAAAAGUCGCUAAAUUCAGAUAGACAAGUGUUUCAUAUGCCUCCUAUCUUGAUAUACCAUGGGAACUAUCCGAUAACUUUCCAAUCAAAUACAUCGACGUUUAAGCUCAACUAUACCAAAGAAGAAUACAAUGGAAUGCUCAACAAUGGUCACCAUUUGUUCAAUAAUGGCGAUCCGCAGGAUGAGUACUUACAAUGUCUUGGAUGUGUGAUGUUGCUUCGAAAUAAUGCUAACCAAACCUCAUCAUUCUGUGAUGAGUGUGUGGCUAAGAUAUGUUACAACUGA